GCGUGAGCAUCACCAAUGUAAGAAAGGAUCUUACAUAUAAAUGCGACGCGGUGAACAUCUUGAGGAACGAAAUUCAUCUUAUAGUCUUCGGUAGACUAUAUAAUAUAAACGUGUCACACCAUUUCUUUAGGUACAAAAGGAACAUAAGUGACGGAAUCGCACAAAAUGGCGAAAGACGAUGAAGUAGGCAUGAAGGAUGUCGAGCUGAACGAGGUAGAUCCAGAGAAACAGCCGAUGACAGCCGGAGAGACCGGCAAUGGAGACGCCAGCUCGCCGGUAACGGAGAAAAACGGAAUUGUGAAGGUGAAGAUUCCUGAUGAGAAAGAAACCAAAUUUACUGGUCUCUCCAAGGAAGAGCUUUUAAAAGUCGCAGGAACUCCAGGAUGGGUGAGAGCCAGAUGGGCACUACUCAUUCUGUUCUGGCUUGGUUGGGUUGGGAUGCUUGCUGGUGCCAUUGUCAUCAUUGUCCAGGCGCCUCGCUGCAAACCUCUUCCUGAGAUGAACUGGUGGAAUAAUGGACCCAUGUAUCAGAUUGGAGCCAUCAACUCAUUCACAGAGAUUCCAGGCCUUAAAGGUUUGGAGGCAAAGAUUAAUGCUCUUUCAGCACUGAAGAUGAAGAGUUUGGUGGUAGGUCCCAUCCACGUGUCCACUGCUAAUAAACCUGAACAACUGAAUUUGGAGGCAGUCUCAUCGAAUUUUGGCAGUCUGGAGGAGUUGAAGCAGUUUGUUGCAGCGGCACACAAGAAGAGUAUCUCUGUGGUUUUGGAUCUAACCCCUAACUAUAACGGAUUGCAGCCAUUCUUUGAAGGUCAUCUCAUACCUGUGGCAGAGAAAUUAAAGAAUGCCACUGCUUACUGGCUGAAACAAGGUGUGGAUGGAAUCCUGCUUUAUGGUGUUGAGCAUAUUGCUAUAUCACCAUUAAUUUGGAAUAGUAUUAAAGACACAAUCAGAAGUUACAAUGAUGAUGAGAAGAAAAAGGUUCUAAUCGGAGUUACUGAGGAGACAUCUCCUGAGGCAGUGAGCAUUCUACUGAACAGGACGGGUGUGGACCUACUCCUUUCUGGGGUUCUGAGAUCCAGGUCUGGCACAGCCCUUGCUGAAGUUGUAGAGAGCCUCAAUUCCAUCCAUACGCAGACCCAGCUGGCCUGGAACAUUGGUGACCGUGUCAAAGGGCACCUGGCCUCCUUAGUGGGAUCAGUAGAUGUGAAGCUAAGCCAGCUGCUGCUUCUCACUCUGCCCGGUACUGCCGUGUUCAACUAUGGAGAUGAAAUUGGACUGAAGGAUGAAGUAGGGGAUCAUAAGCAUAUGGUAUAUCCAGUGAUGGUGUGGCCCAAGUCAACUGAAGCCAUAAAUGAGACCGAAAAGGAGCUGAGUGAACGUAUUUCCUUCUUCAAGACUGUGACUGAUCUUAGAUCAAAGGAGCGCUCCCUCUUGCAUGGGGAUUAUUUGACUGUGUACAAUUCCUCCAGUGCGCUGGCCUACGUGCGCAAGUGGGACCAGAGUGAGCGCUUCUUAGUUGCUUUUAAUUGGUCUCCAAGUGAAUCAGUCAUACUACAGCUGGCACAUGAAGAGCUUCCUAAGGAGGCCACCAUCGUGGUCAGCACUGAUGAAGGAAAGUUGGCCCCUGGCCACUCUGUUAGUUUGUCCCAACUGGAGUUGGGGCCAGACCUGGGCGUUAUGCUUAAAUUCCCUUACACUCCAUAAAGAGGGUCUAAAGCUUUGAUGCAAGGGCCUUGUGCAGUGUUUUUCUGUUGGGCAUUCUGUGACUCUUUUUUUUAACAUUCACAGUUUCAGUGCACUAAAGUUUUCAGAACAGGUUUUUAAUUUAAACAUAUUAGUAUUACCAUGUGUAUGCAAAUUUGCACAAGCUAGAGUCCAAGCACUGUAUCAUUUAAUGUAGAGACCAUAAAUACCUUUUUUCCAUUUUGUUUUACACUUGCUUGAAACACAUUCCAUAAGAUUUUCAUGUAUAGAAGUUAUAAGAUUCAGAUCAAUAAGAUUCAGAAGCUGAAAGUUUUUGUAAGGCUAAAUGUUUCACUGUACUCCCCUAACUGCUAUGUGAGUAACAUUGGUAAAAUGUGACUUACCAAAUAGGUCUGAAAAAUAAAACUGGAAUGGAAUUUA